AUGUUUCCUGAAAUUACACUUCAUGUCAUUGGUGAUUUGUGCCCAGGUAUAACCACUGUACAAAUUGAUAAUUUAGCUGCUGAAACAGCUGCUUAUUUAACAACUAAACAUCCAGAUUUUGCUGUACUUGCUGCACGUAUUGCAAUUUCUAAUCUUUAUAAAGAAACUAAAGAAAACUUCAGUGAUGUUAUUUAUGAUUUGUAUAACAUGCCCAAUGAACAAAACCAAAGUCGUAUGCCAAUAAUUUCUGAUUUUCAUUAUAAUAUUGUCAUGAAACAUGCUGAUCGUUUAAAUAAUGCUAUUAAACAUGAUAGAGAUUAUACCUACAGUUAUUUUGGAUUUAAGACACUUGAAAAGUCAUAUUUAUUAAAAAUUAAUGGAAAAGUUGUAGAACGUCCUCAACAUUUGUUAAUGAGGGUUUCAAUUGGAAUUCAUGGUGAAGAUAUUGACGCAGCUAUAGAAACUUAUGAUUUAAUGUCUUCUAAGUAUUUUACUCAUGCUUCACCAACAAUGUUCAAUGCUUCUACUCCUAGACCUCAACUUUCAAGUUGUUUUUUGGUGGCUAAUAAAUCAGAUUCAUUGGAAGAUUUUGGUAAAACAGUUAAAACAUGUGCCAAAAUUUCUCAAUCUGCUGGUGGUAUUGGUGUACAUCUCCACAAUGUUAGUGCUGCUGGUACAGCAUGGACAAAGUAUCCGAAACAUAAAUCACACGGUCUUGUUGAACCAUUGAAAGUUCUUAAUGAUUUGGCUCAAUAUAUUGAUCAAGGUGGAAGGAGACCAGGGGCAGUUGCUGUUUACAUUGAGCCUUGGCAUGCUGAUAUAUAUACUUAUACAGAGUUACGUAAAAAUACUGGCAAUAAAGAAGAAAAAACUAGAGAUUUAUUUUUAGCUCUUUGGAUACCUGAUGAAUUUAUGAGACGUGUUGAGGCUGAUCAAUCUUGGAGCUUAAUGUGUCCACGUAAAUGUCCCGGACUUUCAGAUGUCUGGGGUGAUGAUUUUGUAAAACUUUACAAAAAGUAUGACUAG